AUGUCCACGCCACUCACAGAGAGUGGUCACCUGACAGGAGGAGGAUUCAAAACCAGCAACCAGAGUGGUCCCAGCUCCUUCAAGCUCAAGGAUCUAGGGGAUCCUGAUGAGUCUCCAGAGAAGAGCGCAGGAGAGGAGGAUGGAGGGAGGUGGCCUGCUGGCCUGGGGGUGUUCUCUUCUGCCUCACUGUCAGCCUUCUGCUUCAAGGCCAUAUUUAACCAGAAGGCCUUCUGUCCAGUCAUCAACUCCAGCCUCCCCGCUCAUGUCAACAUCUCCUUCACCCUGUCUGCCAUACUGGCAGUGAUCUGGGAAAACCCACUCAGCAGCUGGGACCCAGAAGAAUAUGGUGAUAUCAAUAAACUCACUGUGACAGCUGAGAACCCAUGGUUCCCAGACAUCUUCAUCAUGGAAUCGUGGGAAAUAGGUACUUCAAGUGACACUGUCCAAACACAGUGGAAGUGGGAGCUCCUGGGCAUCAACAAGGCCACCCUGAAGAUACCUGUGAGUUCCAGUCUUUUUGACCAAAUCAUGUUGUCUGUGGCCAUCCGGUGCAGGCCCAGCCUCUGUGUGAUAAACUUUCUGGUGCACAGUGGCUUUCUGGUUGCCAUCGAUGCCCUCAGCUUCUACCUACCAGCAGAAAGUGCGAAUCAUGCCCUAUUCAAGGCCACCCUUCGGCUGGGCUGCAGCGUCUUCCUGCGCAUGGUGAAUAUACUACUCCCCGCUAGUGUCACCCAUCAUCAUCGUGGUACCUGUGGACUUGCCUCAAGCCUGCUUCUUAUCCCCACCCCAGGUGUCUACUGCCUGUCCCUGAUGGUGGGCAGCCUGCUGGAGACUGUCUUCAUCACCCACCUACUGCAUGUGGCCACCACCCAGCCCCCAUCCAUGCCUCGGUGGCUCCACUCCCUGCUACUCCACUGCACCAGCCCAGGGAGAUGCUGUCCCACUGCGCCCCAGAAGGGAAAUAAGAGCUUGGGUCUCACCCCCACCCACCUGCCUGGCACAAAGGAGUCGGGGGAGUUAGCAGGGAAGGAGUUGAGACCCAGAGAGACCGAGCUAGAUGGGGGCUCAGGAUGGACAAAGGCCCAGCUAGUGGAGCUGUGGGUGCAGUUCAGCCACGCGAUAGACACCCUGCUCUUCUGCCUCUGGAACACCUAG